GUGUUCGGUUCAGGCGACUUAUGUUUCCCUAUUAGCUGACAAUUGUGAUUUCAGUUGGCACCUCCCCUACCUCAGCGGACAGCUCGAUACAUUCACCCAUCCCUCAACUGCUUGUGUCACCUGCCGAGGCAGCGAAUGGUUCUACGAGCGAGUUUCCAGCUUGGCGUUCUCACUCAAGCGGGCCCAACUCUCCAUUGUCGUCUCCCUCCAUGUUCGGUAGCCCGGGAUCAGUCUUCAGCGAUUUGGAUGAUCCAAUUAUCCCCCUAAGUGGCCCAUAUUCCACGAUCCCCGAUCAACCCCCUCCCGUAUCUCCCUACGCUCAACAGUCUAUUCACCAGCCAACUGGGAGCCUGACAGAAGGAGUGGUUUUUGGCAAUGACUCGAGCCUCUUAAUCUUGGGCGGCCCUCACCCAGGGUUAGGGGCUCCCCACACACUCACCAGUGCCAGUACUCCAAACCCUCCAGCUCCACUUCCAGACGUCUACCUUGGGGAACAACCUAGCUCUAUCCCAGCUGGUUCGCCAUCCUCACACGACCAGGUUGAGGGCGGUGUGGGCUUUGAUCUCAGUGUUCUAAACCUCGGUGUAGAUGCUGGGGACAGCGUAAAUGAACCGACAUAUAGCGUCCCCAGCACAGGACACAAUGACACAUUAAUCCACGUAGGCAUGCCGACAGACCUAGUUGGGAUUAAUUAUGACGACACAUACAAUAACUUUGCCCAAAUUUCUGCGGGAGCAUUUGGCCCAGGGGAGCAAGAACUGGUGUCGGCGUUUCUUAACCUUCUCCCUGAUGGAAACGACGAGCCGCAUCAUUUGCAUCUGAUGCCAAACACGUAGUUCUGCACAUACCUUCGAAUGCUAAUUUCUAUUCAUCAUCUCGGUUCCUUUGGUGCAUAUAUUUUCCUUUGCCAAAAAUCUCUAAUGUGGACAAUUUUUGGACCUGCACACCCUAUCCAUUUUGUUGUAUACGCCCAACGUCUUCCGCUCACUUU